CAGAUCCCAUCACUUCCAUCCACCAUACCUAUCUGCGUGGGAUGGUAUUUCGUCCCCCUCGUGACUCCUAACAUCCUGCACGGGCCGCGCGGGAAUGUUUGUUAUGCAGUUAGCGAUUGGAAUAGCAAGAAUACUUCGACCAGUUUGUGGGGCUUUUACUUUUACUUCCCCGAUGGUGCGAGUAUGAAUAUCUAGGUCCUUUUUCGUGCCCGACUGACACUGUUCUGCGCAUAAUCCGCGAGUUCGCUUUCUCAGUCCCACCGGUUUCGGCUUCAACUCCAGCGGGCAUGGAGAGAACGCAUAUCAAGGGACCUCUGCGGUCGCAGAUGAAAGAUAAGCUGCGCCUCAUGUGUCUCAACCGCGUGCGCGCCAACCGCCACCGCCUGCUCUGGGACAUGCGCUCCUCCCCGGUCGCCUCCGCUCCCCCCUCCUCCUCCCCCUCGGUGCACCCUCUCCCCGCCCCGGCUUCCUCCCUCCACCCGCCUUUCCCCUCCCAGACUCGCGCUCUCGCCAAACCACAUCCCCUCUCCUCCGCGACCUCCUUGUCUCUCUCCCACUCGCUCUCCCAAUCGCCCUCUUCUCUCUCGCAGCCCUCCUCCUCCUCCUCCCCACCCCCCUCAUCCCUCGCCGCCCUCCGGCCGCCACUCGCCGUCUCGCAGCCAGCCGCGUCAGCAGCGCGCGCGUGCAUGGGCGCGCAGCAGCCGCUGGGGGCAGCUCGAGCGGUGGCGGGCUGUGAGGCGGACACGCGAGUGGGCGGUGGUGAAUGCGGUGGGGGCGCGCAGGGCGACGACGGCAUGGACGGGGUGCAGAUAGACGAGGGCGGGCAGCGAGAAGGGGCGGCGGGCCAUUGGGGUGCGCUGCUGCCAGCAGGCUGCAGCAGUGUGGCUGCUGGGCCCACUGCGGAGGCGGGAGGGGCGCGGGGGUUGGACGUGACUCGCGGGAUGGGCGCAGGGAGGGGAGAGGCGCGGCCAGAGCUGCGGCGGGUGCUGUUUGGGGAGCUGCAGCGGCUGCAUGGCGUUUGCGGGCCUGAUGAUGGCGGGUGUGAUGGCCGCGGUGGUGGUGGUGGGGGCAUGGAGCAAAUAGGGGCGUCAGGGCAGGAGAGGGGCGAGAAUGUGGUGAUGCGGGCAGAGAGGGGAGAGCUUGGAAUGGAUGCAUGUUACCCAUGCGACCCAUGCAACCCAUGCGACCCAUGCGGCCCAUGCGACCCAUGUGACGCGAUGCACGAUGGCAGGGAAGGGGCAGGGGAGAUGGGAAGGGGGGCGAGGGGGCGAGGCGAGUGGGACAGUGAUGAGGAGGCAGGGGUUGGGCGGGCGUGGAUGGCGUGUUGGAGCUGAGUGCGGGCGAGUACGAGGCGCUGCUGCUCGACAUGCAGCACGCGCUGUACGAGGGGGGUGACCAGCCGCCCUGCCACGACUGGGCAGGCCGUACCAGCAUGGAGGAGCAGGAGGCGGCAUGUCAGCAGUCUAUGGAGGACGCUGCGAUCAUGGCGGCACUGGAGUAUCAACAGGAGGCAUCUGUCAUCUGUCCGCUCUGCAAGUGUCGCCCCCUGUGCAUGCGCGGCGCCACCAUCGAGUGCACGUGUGGCCACUUCUCCCUCCACACGGACCACGACCAUGUGACAUUGGAGCAUCUCGCGCAGCGCCUGCAGGAGGUGACGUGGCAGCAUGCGGUGGGGUGCCAUGCGCUGCCCUCGUUCACCCUCGACAGGUGCCCCGGCAUGGCCGCCCUCCUGGCGCACUGCCACGCAUGCCCCUUCUUUGAAAUAGUCCUGUAAUCCGGCACGCCCCUAGGUGAAGGAAAGCAGUAUAUUCAGAAUGUCAUUAAGUCACCAAUCCUAACAAGUGGGACAAGAAGGGAUGUCCUCAGGAGAGUUAGGCUCUGUUGGAAAUACCUCGAAGACUUAAGCGUUUCUGAAGUGUAACACUACACUCGAGGAAAGUCGUAUCGGGUACACGAGUCAACGGAGGUUACACAAGGAGGUUGGACGAAAGAAUACGAAAGGGCGAAGGGACUCGAAGGGUCGCAACCGGAGGUUGCGAUUGACCGUUACGACUGCAAGGGUGGUAACCGAACCGACAAUCUAGUCGCUGUGCGACUCGAUAACUGUUCCUUCAACUGUAUUCUACAACUGCUUCAUUUCUUAUAUUGCUGUAUGCUUGUUUCUUUUAAUCAAUCACUUGCUCUCAC